AUGACAAGUCCGUUCUGCCCACUGGGGCCGGACGAGAGCAUCACGAUACCGAUGCUGAUGACCAAGUACAACCCGGAUAGCGUGCCGGCAGACAAACUUGUCCAUGUCGAUACUAUUGCGAACAAGAGCCUCACGUAUGGCGGUCUUCGUGAGGAAGCCGCCAGGUGUGCGUGGGGGUUGAAGCAUAACCUGGGCAUGAAAGAACAGGACAGGCUGCUCGUCCUCGUCCCGAACUCGACCGACUUUGUCAUUCUGGCUCAUGCGACACUCUGGCUGGGGGCUGUCUUUUCACCUCUCAAUCCGGCGUCGCUAGCCAAAGAUAUCGCUCACGCCCUUUCACUGGUUCGUCCCAGCCAUGUUGCAAUCUAUCCCAGCAAGCUGGAGGCUCUCAAUACAGCACUCCAGCAGCUCGACUGGGAGGCAACAGCGCGCCCAAAAAUCUUCACGGUCCUUGACAGAUCUGCAGGUCUUGCUCUCUUCCCUGACGACAUCGCAGGCCAAACGGCUGAAGACCGGCUCCCAAUUUUUGAGCUUGCGGGCAGGAGCGCCAAAAGCCUGACAGCUAUGAUUGUGUUCUCGUCCGGGACGACCGGAAUGAUAAAGGGCGUCCAGUUGUCACAUUACAACAUUGUAUCAAAUUUGAUACAGACGCGCAUAUCGAUGCCCUCCCUGUCAAAUCACGCCUCUCGGGAAGUUUUCUUUCCUCCUUACUGUCAUGUCUAUGGACUUGGCGUCGUGGUGCUUUGCGGCAUGUGGUUUGGGUCAUUUACUUGUGCCAUCCCGGCAUUCGACUUGGACCUCUACUGCCGCAAAAUGGCUGAACACAAAGCAACCUGGGCCCACAUAGUACCUCCUGUCGCCAUUGCACUGGCCAGCUCGAACGUAGCCGCCCAGUACGACCUGUCAUCACUGAAGCUCAUUCUCAUUUCCGCCGCCCCGACAAAAAGAGAUCUGCAGAUGAAGUUGAAGGCGAGGUUUGGAUCAGACACGAAGAUCAUACAAGGAUACGGCAUGUCAGAAUGCAGCCCGACGGUACUCCUGCAGAGUCCCAUGGACGAUGAGAACAACAUCGGAACCGCCGGAAAGCCGGUGGCCGGAACUGAACUCCGACUCGUCGACCCGGUGACGCUCAAAGACGUUGCACCCGGUGAAGAAGGCGAACUUUGGGUGAAAGGCCCGCAGACAAUGAUGGGAUACUACAAGAACGAAGAGGCCACGCGACAGACAUAUGUUGGCGACUGGCUCCGGACCGGCGACAUCAUGCGCGUCGAUGAAAAUGGCAACUUCUGGGUCACCGACCGGUUGAAAGAGUUGAUCAAAUACAAAGGCUUUCAAGUCCCGCCCUCGGAACUCGAGGACCUUCUCCUCAAACACCCGUCGGUUGUCGACGCGGCCGUCACGUCAAUCUACUCGGACGAGCAAGCCACCGAGCUACCGAUAGCAUACGUGACACUGCCGCCCGCGACACCCGCGGCCCGGAAACAGCAGCUUCUGGAUGAAAUCCGGACGUGGGCAGAUCGACAGGUUGCAGGUUACAAGAAGCUGCGGGGCGGCGUGUUUGAGCUGAGUCCCUUGCCCAAAACGCCGAGUGGGAAGAUUUUGAGGAGGGAGCUGCCGUGCAAGAAGAAGGAGGCUGAGGGGAGGAGGGCUGCGAAGCUGUGA